UCGUGCGGAAGAGUUUACCGGCAUCGAAAAGAGAAGUGAUAGUAAACGGCAGGAGUAGAGAAAAGUGGAGGAUGCGCUCGUAGUGGAUGUGCAUUAGAAAGCGGCGAAUAGUUGUCUAGAAAUCAUUCGUAUCCGAAUGCCACGGAUAAAAGUAUUCAAUCAACCAUUCCAUCAUUCAUAGGACGUCCCAGGUCGCACGUUCCAGUAAUUAUGGCCGAGCAACUGUACACCGCUGAGGAUGGCAGGAUGCGGCAGGAGGUGGAGCAAAUGCUCGUCCGAUUCUACCAAAUCGACACGACCAACGCGGAGAAGAGAAAGCUCGAUGCGGAUCUACAGCACAUGCGGGACACGGUGUUUAACUGGCAGUAUUGUCUCGACAACUUGAACACUUUCCAGAACCAGUACCUAUGGUUUUUCGGCUCGUCCACGCUCGAGUCGGCGCUGCACAAAUACACAUCCCUCAGCGCGGCCGAAACGCAGCGCUUACGCAUCGGCCUAAUCAAGCUGCUGUCAAACUAUCCGCUGGACACGCCCGCCCUGAAGCGCGAUAAGGUAGCGCAAAUCCUGUCGCUCGUCGCCAGCCUGCAGUUCCCGGCCGAGUAUCCCGAGUACAUCGAUCACAUCCUGCAGCUGCUGAACGAGCGCUUCCCGAUCGGGCUUGCGCUCGCGCGGGCGUUAGGCGACAGCAUUACGCAGGAGAAGUACGUCGUGUCCUACGCGCAACAGCAGCAGUUUAAAUCGAACGUGGCACCUUUCAUUCCCCGACUGCUGCGCGCACUCGAACCCUGCUGUAUGCACUAUCUUUCCAGCGACUGCAACGGACCACCUGCAGCGUUCGGGCCGAUCGCUCUGCAGCAGUGCACGAUCGAGCUGUUGCAGAUGCUGCAACAAUACUUCUCUUGGAUCGAGCUGAGCAGCGUCGAGCCGUGGCUGGUGCAGUGCCUGAUCCGACUGAGCCUGGUGCGAGCCGGUCGUGAGACGAACGACGUGUCCAUCUCGGCUAUGCUGGCGCUCACAGAGCUGCACUACCGCCAGCAGGUGCUAGCACCGGCCACCUUCGUGCUGGUACUGCAGGGUGUGACCGAGCUGCACAGUCAGCCUGAUUUGCCACUGGACGACGAGCUGUACCAGGACAAGCUGAACGAUUUGACCCAGUGGAGCGCGGCCCGGGGCCUAGAGAUGAACAGUACACUCAACUGGGAGGAAUUUUUCGACGGGUUCUACCAGUACACGUUUCGUGCGACCGUCCCCGCCACGUUUAUUGCCCGGCUCAAGGUCUGGUCCUUUCUGCUCUCGAUGUACAGCAACCGACUGGUGAGCAGCGCCAACCCAGCGCUUAAGCAGGUGCUCUCGGACGUGAUCCCAGUGAAGUUGGCCAUGGCCACGAUGGAGAGGAUGCUCUAUCAGAACGACACGCAGCACCAGCUCGAGCAGCUGAUGGACGAGGAGCUGGAAGGAUCUGAGGCCUCGUUGUGUGGCGCAGAAAAUGCCAUGCUGUACUACUAUAAUCAGUGCAUGAACGUGGUGGAGUUGGCCGCACUGCUUGCGCCCGAGCAGAUGCACGACCUGGUGCUGUCGCAGCUGAUCAUGAACGACAGUAGCCCGUACCGGCAGGGACUGCACAUACUGAAAACCAUCGCCACCACGCCGGACAGCGGGUUGGCGGAGCUGCGUGCCAAGGUGGACGAGCAGCGGCUGCGGGUGUACUUUCGCGACUUCAUACCGCUCGACCAGAUACUGGGCCAUCUGUGCCCCAUGCUGUUCACCAAGGUUCCUUCGAUGGUGACCAUGGUGGGCUGGCUAGCGCGGGAGCAAAUGGAACUGUUCAUCCUGCUGAGCGAAAGCAUGCACCCGGCCGAUCGGCUCUACCACCGGUUGCCUAGUGAUCUAGCGCAAGACUUGAUUGCCGCCACCGCACAGAUCCUGAGGACGUUCCGCAGCUUGCUGGGCAGCGAUGCGGCGUCCAGCGUGCCGUCAGUGGUGACCGAGCCACAGCUGCUGCAGCUGCUCGGGCAGAUAAUCAAGCAGCUAUUGCCGACGGAUCACGCUCGCUCGGACGACUGGAAGGUGCUGACGCGCACGUCCGCCAACACGCUGCUGUACGUGGCCAAGCUGGAGCUGGUGAACGCCCGUUGUCUGUACGAGCUGCUGCACGGCCCGCUCACGGUCUCCCGCCUCACGCAUCUCGACCACCCGACGGCGCAGGACGUGCGUCUAGCGAUCAUCCACAGCCUGCUGUCGCCGUGGUACGGCAAACUACUGCACGCCAACGAGACGGUCGUCGAGAUCCGCGUCGCCCCCGCCGCUGCCGCCGGCCCGCCGAACGAGGCGCAGGGCCAGCUGGCACAACGUUGCGCCCUACUCACGCAGUACGUGCACCUGCUGGCAAGCGAAACACUGGCAGUCGGGCCAGCCGAAUGGGGGGCGCGGGGGGCGCACGAGCAGCGCGCCAGCGUAGAGCGACUCGCAGCCGAGAUGCAGCUGCUGGCCGAGCUGCUCGAGGGCUUCCAGUCGCUGGGCACCGCCGCCAAGGGCAUGCUGGCCGGUGCCUUCCACGACGUUAUCGAUAAGGUGCUGCACGUGUACGAGGUGACGCAGGGCCACGGGUUGGCGGUGAGCGGACAGGAGACGGUGGGCCUCACGCCGGAGCUGAUGGUGCAGUUCGCGCACGCCGCCAUUCAGUCGCUGCAGGUGCAGCUCGGCGAACCGUUCCUGCAGCAGGUGAUCCAGCUGUUCAUGCGGCAGGCGCGGGCCGAGGCGCAAAGCCGGCAGCACCUGCGCGCCCUCCAGGCGCUGCUGGGCAUCUUCCGGCUGAUCGUGGAGCAGCCGGGCAACCGGACGCUGAUCGGCGACAUCGUGCAGCUGUGCGUGCAGGACGUGCUGCCCGUCGCAUUCGCCGACGAGCACCGGUGCGGGUUCGGGUCCCGCUCGGACAACCUCAGCGCGCCCCUGUUCCAGCUCUUCCACGCCCUGCUGCGCGACCGCUGGCGGUACUUCGUGAAGGCGCAGCUGCUCGCCACCGCAGCUGCCGCCGCCCAGCCGACAUCGGUGGAGAACGAACGUCAGUACCGGGCCAUUGUGGAGGCGUACGGGCGCGUGAUCACGACCAGCCAGGACAGCGACCUCGUCCAGCAGGUGCUCGAGUCGCUGCAGGCGCUGAACGAGCGCUGCCGGCUGUUCCGCGAGCCACUGUUCGCCGGCCACUACCUCGCGUCGUUCCUGCACGCCGUGCUCAACCUGCUCGUCACGGUGGAGGGCAAGGCGCACCACGAGCUGCUGGUCGCGCUGCUGUUCGAGCUGGCCAGCGCCAACCGGCGGCACUUCUACGAUCUCCUCUUCACCAGCGUGUGCCACACACUCACCCCGGAGCUGCGGGAUAAGCUCUGCCAGUGCACGGAUCUGCCGACGUUCACGCAGCAUCUGAACCAGUUCGUGCUGACUGCCCGUUCGUCGGCCCGUGCCACGAUAGCACGCCCUGCUAACGACUCAACCCUCUUCUAAGCCUACAACUCGAAGACAUGCACCAUCACCAGACACAGUGGCACACCUUUAAGUCGUGUCUACCAUACACACGGAUAACACAUUCGCAUGGGUAUCAGGCCGAGUGGUGUAGCUCGCAUUUGUACGCAAUCUACCUCCCGGAUGUAGCUGAUUAGGGCUACACCACCGUACACAUUGCAGUACCAAACUCGAUACGCGAAUCAGUCAACCUCGGAAAGCGCACAACGGCGAAGCCAAUGGAGCUUCAACAUUGCAAGAACAUGUGUUGUUCUCGCAUAGCGUAACUAGUAGUAGUAGUAGUAGUAGAAAAGGAAGAAUAAGAAUAAUGAUAAAGAAGAAGAAGAAGCCGAAGAAGACAUACACACAUACUUACACAACCAACAUACGGGGCUGGGGGCAUGCGACACCACCAGGUUUCGGGCACAUCGCCAUCGGCCAUUAGUUAAGCUAUUUAGCGGCGCCGUGAUAUUAUUGUUUUACAUUACAUACGUGUCUCAUUGUUUCUUGUUUUGUGUAUAAAUCAUCGACAUACAUCUUAUGAAAGCUGUUUCAAAAAAUAAAACUAUGAUUUUAAUCAAAU